AUGUUUCACCGGGGAAUCGUUAUGAAGACACCAUCGGCAACAGUUCUCUGCUGCGAAAUGUAUCUAUCUAUCUAUCUAUCUAUCUAUCUAUCUAUCUAUCUAUCUAUCUGUCUGUUCAUAUCUUUCUUUCUCAGUUCUCUCCUCUCUCUCUCACAUAUGUUCAUGCCUAUUUAUUUUUCCAUCUUUCAGUUUAUCUAUCUAUCUAUCUAUCUAUCUGUUCAUAUCUUUCUUUCUCAGUUCUUUCCUCUCUCUCACAUAUGUUCUUAUCUAUCUAUCUAUCUAUCUAUCUAUCUAUCUAUCUAUCUAUCUAAUACUGCUCACUAUCUAUCUAUCUAUCUAUCUAUCUAUCUAUCUAUCUAUCUAUCUAUCUAUCUAAUACUGUUCACUAUCUAUCUAUCAUUCAUCUAUCUAUCUAUCUAUCUAUCUAAUACUCUAUCUAGCUAUCUAUCUGUCUGUUCAUAUCUUUCUUUCUCAGUUCUCUCCUCUCUCUCUCACAUAUGUUCAUGCCUAUUUAUUUUUCUAUCUUUCAGUUUAUCUAUCUAUCUAUCUAUCUGUUCUGUUCUUUCUUUCUCAGUUCUUUUCUCUCUCUCUCACAUAUGUUCUUAUCUAUCUAUCUAUCUAUCUAUUCAUCUAUCUAUCUAUCUAUCUCUAUCAUCUAUCUAUCUAAUACUGCUCACUAUCUAUCUAUCUAUCUAUCUAUCUAUCUAUCUAUCUAUCUAUUCAUCUAUCUAUCUAUCUAUCUAUCUAUCUAAUACUGUUCACUAUCUAUUCAUCUAUCUAUCUAUCUAUCUAUCUAUCUGCCACUGUCUGUUAACAAUUUUCCUUUUUGAUUUUGACCUCUUCCUCUAUUUGUAUGUAUGCAUUAUACAUUUUUCAUGA